AUGGCUCCGUCCCGAUCUUCAGCCUCAUGGCUGUCCUCGGCCCUGGCCGUCUGUGCCAUCCUGUGCCUCUCCGUGCCCGCCAACGCCCUCUACUUCUACAUGGACGGCCGCCAAACAAAGUGCUUCUUCGAGGAGCUCCCUAAGGAUACCCUGGUUGUCGGCACCUACUCCACUGCCGUCAUCAACCAACAAUCGAACACGUACACCGUCGACCCCAACCUGAAGAUGCUCAUCACCGUCGACGAGAUCUUCGACAACGACCACCGCGUCGUGUCCAAGCGCGACAGCAACAACGGCCGCUUCACCUUCUCCGCUGCCGACGCCGGUGUGCACAAGAUCUGCGUUACCCCCGAGACCAAUGCCGCGACGGCCGGCUGGCUGUCCGGCGCCCAGACCGGCGCCGUCCAAGUCACCCUGGACAUGGCCAUUGGCGAGACCAGCAAGAUCGAGACCGAAGACAAGGACAAGAUGCAGGAUAUCGUCCAGAAGGUCAAGGACCUCAACGGUCGGUUGCAGGAUAUCCGGAGGGAGCAGGUUUUCCAGCGGGAACGUGAGGCCGAAUUCCGUGACCAGUCCGAGGCCACGAACUCGCGUGUUGUGCGGUGGACUCUGAUGCAGCUUGCGGUCCUGUCCGCGGCCUGCGCCUGGCAGCUCUCGCAUCUGCGCUCGUUCUUCAUCAAGCAGAAGUUGACAUAA